AUGGUGCACGGAGCAGGGUGCGAGCCAGAGCCCAGGGGCGCGUCGAGAGGAGUGGGGGCGGGGGCCGGAAACCGCCAGAACCGGGACGGAGAUGGGACCGGGAGUAGAGCCAGAGGAAGCCGGGCCGGAAUGGACCGGGAAGCGGGAGCCAGGACAGGAGACGUGAAGCAGCCGGGGCCCAGCACGAGACAGGGAGGUGAAGGAAGCAUCCGGAAACAAAUCCAGAAGCAGUGGCUGCUGCAUGUGCUUCUGGUGCAGCAAGUCAGCAAGGGACCAUUACCAGAAGCAGCAGGACUUGCAGAAGCAGAGGAAGGUGACAGUCUGUGGGACUUUCUAGACUGUCGAGUCGGUGCAACCCAAGGUACAAACAGCACCACGGCUGAUGCCACAGUGGAGGUUCAGCGCUACCUCUCAGAGGCCUAUCUGCCAAGAGGAGAAGACCCGCUCAAAUACUGGGAAAGCAGAAAAGACAUUUAUCCCCAUCUCCAUAGAAUGGCGAUAGACUAUCUCCACAUCCCAGCCACUUCUGUACCAUGUGAGCAGGUCUUCUCCAAAGCUGGAGAGGUAGUGCGACAGAAGAGGAGGUCUAAACCCAGACCUGCUCCCAACUCUGUGUCUCUGAAAAGUGACCGCUCCAAAGACCCUCCUCCUAAGUUUAGAGAGGCUCCUCCUGAAGACCAGAGAGAGCCAGGCCCAAAGGAGCAGCUGGACGCCAUAUUCAGAUGUCUGGAGGAGCAGGUCCUGAGGUUUGUCCAACAGCAGCUCCAGAGGUUCCACAGGCUCCUGGCCUCAGAUUACCCAGAAUGCUCCGAGAGUGAGGAGGAGGAGAGCAGAGAGGUUCUGAACAUCACCCUGGACUUCCUGAAGAGGAUGGACCAGGAGCAUCUGACCCAGCGCCUGUUCAACAGGAGUAAUGUUGGGGUUUGCAGAGACAAACUGAAGUCUGACCUGCAGCAGAGGCUCAGCCAUGUGUUUGAGGGUGUGGCUAAAGCAGGAGACUCCGCCCCCCUGACACAGAUCAACACAGAGCUCUACAUCACAGAGGGCAGAGCCUCAGAGGUCAACCAGGAACAUGAGGUCAGACACAUGGAGACCGCGUCCAGGAGACCGGCCGCUCCGGAGACCACCAUCACAUGUGAAGACCUCUUUAAACCACACUCACCAGAGCCAAUCAGAUUUGUGCUGACGAAGGGCGUGGCCGGCGUGGGGAAAACGGUGCUGACUCAGAAGUUGAGUCUGGACUGGGCUGAAGGCCACGCCCACCAGGACCUCCAGCUGCUGUUCCCGUUCACUUUCAGAGCGCUCAGUGUGCUCAGAGACACACAGUUCAGCCUGGUGGGACUGCUGCACCACUUCUUCAGUCCAUCCAAAGAUCUCUGCAGCUUCCAACAGCUCCAGGUGCUCUUCAUCUUUGACGGUCUGGACGAGUGCAGACCUCCUCUGGACUUCAGCAGAACCCGAGUCCUGACCGACCCCACAGAGUCCGCCUCAGUUCAUCAGGGGGAGUCUGCUUCCCUCCGCUCACCUCUGGAUAACCACACGCCCCGCCGCAACCAGUCAGAUCCCUGCUGA